AGAAGCUACUUCCAUCAUAUGCAACCAGGCAAUGAUACAUGGAUUUCCGGAUUUCUUCUUCUGAGAUUUUCAGAGGAACCAGAAGUGCAACCUCUCAUAUUUGGGCUUUUCUUAUCCAUGUACCUGAUCACUGUGUUUGGAAACCUGCUCAUUAUCUUAGCCGUCAGUUCAGACCCCCACCUCCACACCCCCAUGUACUUCUUCCUCUCUAACCUGUCCUUUGUAGACAUUUGUUUCACCUCUACCACCAUCCCAAAGAUGCUGUGGAACAUCCAAACCCAGAAUAAAGCCAUAACCUACGAAGGCUGCAUCACACAGAUUUAUUUUUUCACACUCUCUGCAGUGUUGGACGUUUUUCUCCUGACCGUGAUGGCCUAUGACCGCUUUGUGGCCAUCUGCCAUCCCCUACACUACACAGUCCUCAUGAACCCCCGGCUCUGUGCACUGCUGGUUCUAAUGUCCUGGGUCAUAUGUCUCCUGAAUUCCUUGUUACAAAGCUUAAUGGUAUUGCGACUAUCCUUCUGCACAAACUUGGAAAUCCCCCACUUUUUUUGUGAACUCAAUCAAAUGAUCCAACUUGCCUGUUCUGACACCUUUCUUAAUAACAUGGUGAUGUAUUUUGCAGCUGUCCUGAUGGGUGGCAGUCCUUUCACUGGUGUCCUUUACUCCUACUCUAAGAUAGUCUCUUGCAUAUGUGGAAUCUCAUCACUUCGGGGGAAGUAUAAAGCAUUCUCUACCUGUGCGUCUCACCUCUCAGUUGUUUCCUUAUAUUAUUGUACAAUGCUAGGGGUGUACCUUAGUUCUGCUGGUACCCACAGCUCAAAAUCAAGUGCAACUGCCUCAGUGAUGUACACUGUGGUCACACCCAUGUUGAACCCCUUCAUCUACAGUCUGAGAAAUAAAGAUAUAAAGAGAGCUCUGAAAGCAUUCUUUGUGAAGCAAAAUACAAAAUGA